AUGGCGUCCAAGGCCUCUCGUAUGUCCAUCAACCACGCCGCAGGCAUCUUCGCCGAUAUGUCUGUCGAUGGCCCAGCUAUCGGCACGCUGGUCGCCGUCAUCGACCGCGCCAAGAACCUGCCCAAUCGCAAGACGAUGGGAAAGCAGAAUCCGUACUGCGCUGCGCGAUUAGGCAAAGAGGCCAAGAAAACAGAGACUGACCUAAGAGGUGGUCAGACUCCAAAAUGGGACCAAGAGCUACGAUUCACGGUCCACGAAUCCCCCGACUACUUCCGUCUGAAAGUCACCGUGUUCAACGACGAUAAGCGAACCGACCUGAUCGGCGAGACGUGGGUCGAUCUGAAAGACCUGAUCAUCCCCGGAGGCAGCCAGAGCGACCAGUGGCAUCCGCUACAGUACCGCGGACGGUAUGCAGGCGACGUUCGCAUCGAGAUGACUUACUACGACACCAGACCCGAGGACGAGGCGGUCAUCGAGCGACGCACACAGGCAGCCGAGAAGAUCCACGGCAAGAGUCCUUCCUCCGCAGCGACCUCAUCCAGCAUCAGUAGCAACAGCCCAGCUGCGGCGCCGACGCCCGUGGGCUCGUCGUCGCUGUCGGGUCCUCGACAGCUCAAAAACGUCAAGCGCCGUCCGCUCCCGACAGAUCCCACGGGGUCAGCGCCGUCGCGUCCUGGUCCGCCUGAGAAGGCUCCAUCUGCACCUGCACCUCUGCCGGCGCAGGUUUCGCCGCCGCGGCCGAUGCAUGAACAGCAACCUCCCCCGCAUUCCUAUUCCACACCGCCGACAGAGUAUAUGCGUCACGCUGCUCCUCCGCGACACUCGAUGGUUUCCGACCCUGUCUAUGACUCUGCCCCGAUGCCUGUUCAAGCACCCCCGGCUUCUCGGCCGAUGAGAACCUACGAAACCCCGGAUGACUUCCACCGUGAAUGGAGCCAUCCUUCUGCGCCUCCGUUGCAGCAGGCGCCUCCCAAGCGUCAUCCGCAGGAAGCUCAGUACGCGGGAUAUCGGGAUUCGUACGACUCGCGCUCCUACGCUCGGCCUCGGUCUGGCUACGGCAAUCCGCCCCCGGUGGACUACCGCUCGUCGAGGCAAGAAAUCCCUGUCAGUCGACCGGAGCAGUUCCCGGAGAUGCAUGCCUCCGUUGCAGAACCGCCUCGUCCGAGCAGCCACCACAGCAACUACGCAUUCCCGACGGAGCAGCCACAGCACUAUGUUCCAAACGGGGAUAUGAUGGUCGUGCAUGGUGCUCCCCCGGCCAGAUACACGUCGCGCUCGUCCGGCGGCAGUAGCAUGCAUGACCACGGCGCCGUGGAGUACAUGCCCGCCGCCGUGCCCAACAGCAUGGCCCUAGAGCCCGUGGACCACUACCGCGGCCGCCGUCGCAGCCGGAGUCACAGCAACUCGCUGGUGCACGACGGUGGCCGUAGCAAUGCCAUGCGUCAUGCGGAAUAUGCAACGAUGCAGCCGCGAGUCGAGGACGAGGACGACGACGGCCCUCCGCCGCCACCGCCCGUCCAUCGCUCGGGCGUGGCGCAGAUGCAUUCCAGUCCUAAUCAUGCCAAUAAUUAUGCUCAACAGUUAGUACCGUCACCAACUCCUUCGUACCAAGCUUACUCCCCAGAGUAUGCACCGUCCCCGCGGAACUCCUUCGAUCUCAACAACAACAACCACCACCAACACCACCUACCAGCCGACGUGGCGGCGCGUAUCCAGGACCACCUCCCCCCACCUACGAAUACGCCCUCCAUGCCUCCCAGUCUAGUCGCGGGCUUUGAUCCCGCCAUCGCCGACGCCGAGUCCGAUCGCGCCGCCAGUGAACGCGUCGCCGUGCGUCGUCGCAGCGCCAUGUUCGACAACGACGACCCCAUCUGUCCGCCGUCGCGAGAUCCCUCGCCGGCGCCGGCCAUGAUGCCGCCGUAUCCCUUCGAGGGUCCGGCCGCUUCUGCUCCUCAUCUUCCUCUCUCUGCUCCCAUCGACAACCCUCACCAAGCCCUCGUCACCACUCGGAGAUCCUUCCACUCCGACUCGCGCAUCGUGCCCCGUCGCAAAUCCGUCAGCCCUCACCCCUCUGUUAGCCCUCAUCCUUCGCCUCUACCUCCCGCCGGAACCAUGCCCGUCGACCACCCUGCUGCUGUUGCUCCCGCGGUCUCUCAGAUCCCCUUCUCCCCCGACUCCUACGACCAGUUCAACCCCAACGUUGCCCGCGCCGCCGUGACGCGCGAUCUCGCUCCAGCCUACGAUACCCCUUUAGAAGCCAUGCACGCCGCUCGACGUAGUGAAGCCGAAGCCGCCCGCCUCGGUAGAGACUCAGGGCCCAUCAUCGGCGACGACGGCCGGGAGAUCGAUCCCUCGGACCACCUGCCGACAGACACGUGGGCGCCAGAGCCCGAGCGCAAGACGAAGAAAACCGGCGUGGUCGUCCGGUUCAAGAAGUCGCCUGCCAGCGCCGCUCGCACCAGUCCUCGUCCCGCCACUGCGGUCCCCAUCAGACCUCAACUUCCUCCGCCUCAGUCCCAGCCUCGUCCGACUUCCUCCUACGGCGCCGCAGACGUCGACAUGAGCCGCCCCCGAUCCGGAUACGGGGCUCCGGCGCCCGUGCCCGUCGUGCAUACCUACGCACAUGGGCCUGGACCAGGACACGCUCGAACGUAUAGCACGCCCUCGCCCCGAUCUGUGCGUAGUCGCAACUCCGUGUCCCCCGCGCCGAGCGGCCAUUCGGGUCAUUCAGGCCAUUCAGGCUCGCAUUCACCGGGGAGCUUCUACGCGCCGGCGCACCACGGUCCGCCGAUCCCGGCGAAGGUGCCCAUUGCGCAACCGAUGCCCGUGUCGCGAGGGCGUGUGGUGAUGCCGACCGGGGGAGGCGCGCCUCCACCGGGCAUGGACGCGUUGAGUCGCGAACUAGGCACGAUUGAUAUUGGCUCGGUAGGUUGUACCACGGGCCGAGCGAUGAGACGGUACGUGCCGAGGCCGCAGACGGGGUACGCGAUGUGA